UUGGCAAUGACUAUCCUUGCCACCUCUUGCGCUCUUCACUCUUCCAGAAAAUGUGUAUAAAGCCAGCGAUCGCAUCACACCCAUUUUUCAUUGGCCUCACCCAGCGACAUACGCACAAGUCUGACUAUCGCCACAUCAUUUUCCAUGAACUCCAAGGAUGGUCGGAGAUCAGCCUCAUCAUCACAACAUGAGUACACUUUGGGCAACCAAGCUUGAGCUUGCUGCUCAAGUGGGAGCCUACCCUUACCAGGGCGGCAAGUUCGCUGAUCUCGAGCCGGUCUUUCAAUUCCUCAUCUCCUCCUACCCUAACGAAACCUGCGGUACGAUCGCAGACGAUGAUUGGGCGGCCCCGUUCAUCGAUCCAGGAAAUGCGCUGGUUCAGCAGGCUAAGGACGCAAAAACAUCUGGCAAUAAUGCAACAUCAUACGAAUACUUUCUCCGUGCCCAAGCUCUAUUCCGCAUUUCCCACUUUCCUUGGAUCGGCCCUGGCAGCACUUCUAAAUUGAAGCUACAGACGUUCAAUUCAUCUAAAGAUGCACUCAAGAGUGCCAUGGACGUCGCCCACAACAUCACCUUUGAAGAGGUUUCGCUCGCCUACAACAACAGUUUAAAACUCUAUCCCGACGCUCGGGAUGACUUCGUCGUGUGGGCCUUCCGUCCAGCCACGACGGACAAGAAUGGAAAGAAGACUGCUCGAGCAGGUCCACUGCCUACAAUUUUGCUGAUCGCGGGUCUCGGGCUUAACAAACCCGAUCAGAUGGCCUCAAUCGCUCCGCUUUUGCGCUUCGGGUACGCCGUCGUUGUGAUGGAUAUGCCUGGCACGGGAGACGCGCCAAUCACGGGCCGCUACACUUACGCAGGCGCCGCAGGAGAAGGCACGCCGCCAUCUGAUACCAACCUAUGGUCCGCCGUCGUCGAAUAUCUUCAAAGCCAACCGCACCUCUACGAUGCAAAAAAGCUCUUCGUGCUUGGACUGUCCACCGCAGCGUACUGGACCUUCAAGUUAAUGUACCUCAUGGGCGAGCACUUCAUCGCUGGCGUCGGACAAGGCGGACCCGUACACUACACCUUUCAGGAAGACUGGCUCAAUGCGUCUCAGACUUUGAGCUAUCCGUGCAACCUUCCGGUCGCGCUAGGCCACGCUUUUGGCUAUGACGAUCCCGUAGAAUUCACUCGCGAGGCAUGGCAUUACAGUCUACUGAACCAGGGUCUUAUUGGUACUUUGCAGCCUGGGCAGAUUUUGUCUGUCAAUGGCUUCGACGACCUGGUCUUUCCGGUCGACGACAGCAUUCUGCUGGCGACAGCGUAUCCUCCGAUCGUGGCCAACGCCACCUCGCCCAUUUCUUCUGCAGCGCCUGCUCCGAUGCUCCGCUUGUUCCCUGGAGCGGAUAACACUGGUGAAGGAUGGGGCUUCCCGUACGUGGAACAAUUCUUUGAGCAGGCCAUCCACGGAUUCGGCUCUGGAUUCUCGACGAGCCUGACAACUCGGGGUACCAAUUCCCUCACUGCCACAAGUGGCGCAAGAAAUGCUGGGGCGCAUGACCACACACUCAGCCCUGCCGUGAUCCUCACGGUGGUCCUCUAUUCGCUAGCACGCAUCAUGGUGCUCUAGUCUGCAGGGCUUCAGCAACGGCGACACAAUCGCGCGCCAAUGUGAAAGCCAAAAAUAGCCGUCACAUACCACCAUCUUGAACAGAUCAAUCCGCGUUGACGCCGUCUGACGAUAUCCUGCUCAAGGAUGGAAUGUACAUUUACAUCCGUGUCAUUCAAACAUGACAGCUCUCUAUGGAAUCUACACAGUGUUCACAAUUCCCCCCGGUCGCAUACGUUCAACACGCCAACCUAUAGCUGUGCGAGUUCCAGCUCUCUACCAGGGCGCUCGUGGAAAGAAUUUGGGCUUGGACCUUGGAGCCUCCUUGUGCUCGGUCCCGCCGUGCAUUGUCCAAUCACAUGUACAUUAUCCAGGCGAAUGUGAUGACCACACAAAGCCGGCAACAAGUGCCAGAAAUCG